ACAAGUCAACUCAAUAAAUAAUCUCAUUUGAUAGCUAAAGAAAAAAGGGUUUUAAAUAAAAAACGCUCUGUCUUCGCUCUUCAUUUCGGAUCGUCUUCUCCAAAAUCAAUUACUCAGAUCUUCCACAGCUAAAAAAACGUGAGAGACAAAGUGUCACAGGUUGCAUCUCUGCGUGAUCUUCACCUUUCCUUUUUGCAGGUUUGAUUUGAAUUACUUGAAAGUCAAUUGGUGAUCGUUUGUGUUCAUUAUUAUGGGGGAAUUGACAUAUGAAAUCGGACAGAAUGCGUAUAUAAAGUCAGUGCUACAUGCCUUGAAGUAUAAGGCGAGCUCGGUUAAUGGGAUUUUAGUUGGUCGCUUUGAUGCCAGCAAGGGAAUUGUCCAGAUUUCUGAUGCUAUCCCUCUUUCUCAUUCGAAUAUUGGUCUCCUCCCUUCUCUAGAGAUUGCUCUGAUGCAAAUAGAAGAGCAUUAUGCUAGUCAAGAUUUGAGCUUGGUGGGAUAUUUCCAUGCAAACGAAAGAUCUAAUGAUUAUGAUUUGGGUAACGUGGCUAAGAACAUUGGGGAUCAUCUCUGUCGAUACUUUCCCCAGACUGGAAUUCUUUUGUUGGACAAUAGGAAACUGGAAUCUUUGCCCAAAGUGAAAGAUCGCAGCCCCGUGAUGCAGCUAUAUUCAAGAGAUGGAUCUAAGUGGAAAUUAGAGGAGAGUAACCGUCUUGUAAUAAAGGAGCCUGCAGCGAACUUAAUAUUGCAGGACUAUAUAUCAACUCAACAAUGGGAAGACAUUGUAGAUUUUGAUGAACACCUCGAUGACGUCAGCAAGGACUGGCUAAAUGCUGAAUUUUUCAAGUGAACUAUUUGAAGCUCCAUAGAUUACAUCUGAGCUUAAUCUGGUAGGACUUUAAAUAUGGAACUUGGGGCAGAGAAAAAAUGUGAACGACCAGAUGGUUUCAUUCAGAUCUCAUGAAGUUCCUCUUUAUUUCGUUCUUAUUAUUUUCUUAAGUUUUGGUAAUUCUAAUGAACUUAUAGAUACCGUCUUUUUGAAUCCAAUCUGUUUCGAUGAGCAAUGCUUUAAGAAUUUGUUGAUGUAGAUUACUCCCAUUUGUCCCUCUUACGAAUUUGGAAAGAAUUUGACUCCAAUUUUUUCGGA